UCGUGGACGCAUGGCGGUUGAGCAAAGCAAUGUCGGGCAUGACAGGGGCGAGUAUGCUGCGCACACGCAGACGAGAUGUCAACGUCAAACCCAACAGGAGGUUGGAUCGGAAAUCUUCUCGUGGCAUGCUCUACGAGAACGAAGAACUACGGUUGCGUACAAUCAAUAUCAACGCCGAAGUUGAACGAGGACAAUCGGAUAUAAAGAAGCUAAAACGGGAGAACGAGCAGUUAAAAAGAGAAAUAUCGGCGCUGCGCUACGAGUAUGACCGGCUGGACAGAAUGCUGCGCGAGAGACGAUCGUCUCCAGAAGACCUGGACGACAGCGGGUCGGUCUGCAGCGAGUGCCCGGAGUGUGCCAGCAUCGACAGUUGCGCACGGGUCGCCUUUAACGACCUCAGCGUCGUGCCUGAAGAGGGAGAGCCAGAGAACAAGAGUGGCAUCGAAUCACCGUGCACAUGUGACGAAUGCCAACAAGUGUCCCGCCCAGCGGACAUUCAGCCAAAAUCGUCCACAGUGACGUCAGAACAGAACAAUACACAUCCAAACAUGGCAGACAAUGGACACGAGCGAGUCGUCGAUGUCCUUGUCCACGAUGCCCCUUCAGAUAUGCCCAGGUUCUUCCAAGCUGUAGCAUCUCCUCCUUACGUUUCGGCACCUCCUCCAGGGUUCGUCAUAGCACCUUACCAUCCACCAAGAUUCCCCACAGGAGGCAAUGUUGAAGACCUUUUAGGUGAUGUCCAAGCAACACCGUUACACACUUUUAUACAGCAGAAUUCAGUUUUCAUGUGCAAUACCAAGCGAAUCAUGUCAACACAAAAACCCUGUUGUUGCCAGAAGAGUGAGCCAGUCAAAGUUGAAGUCCCAAACGAAACGCCUCCCCAGAAGUCUUAUAUCACUGAGAAGAACAUAGAACUGACUUACGAUUAUCCUAAAGGAAUACCUGUUUCAAACAGUCCUACUAAAUCUGAUGAAAUAACAACGACAACAGAAGUUGCAAGUACAGUUGUAUUCGUGGAAAGAAGGAUACCGGUAAAGCCAAAAAAGUUCGAUUUCUUUUUCCGUUCACGAUCAGCACCUGUAGGGGAUAAUGAGGAACCAAUAUACGCUACUGUUAAGAAACUACCGAAAAGAUUACGAAGAAUGGAGUUAGUGAAUUUAGAGAAAGAAGUAGCAUACAAAGCUGGUGAGCCAGAUUCUUCAACAAGAACAGAAAUUACCUUGAAGACAGAUUCAGAGUCACAAAUACCUCCACCAGAUGAUGAUACGAGUCGAUCUGAGAGAGAAAAGUCUGUCGUAGCACAAAGACCAGAUUCUCCAAAAGCAAAGAAAAAGAAAAGAUUUUCCUUAACAUUUAAGAAAAGAGAAAGAAAAAGACGGGAGAAGAAGAAAGAGCAGAAGAACGGAUUGCCAAAGAACGGGGUGCCAGUGCAAUUGGAGAGUGAUAACGAAAGAUUGAUCGAGGAAGUUGGUGAUAUGACGAAACCGAAACACUGUUUGCGACAUCGUCCGCGGAAUACUAUGUCUUCGUCAAGCUCGGGCCCGCGUUAUAAGCGGGACAGUUAUUUGGAUAUGACAACUUCUCAUUCGGAGCACGAGCGGACUAACAGUAUGUGUUCGUCAGUGAAUUCCCUUGGAUCUGCCUACACACACAAGUCGAGAAAACUUUCUGCACCACCUCAGGAUUCUGGUUCCAUACCUUGGUGUGGGUGUUGGGGAGCCGGUUGCUUAUGAACAUAUGUUAGUAAUAUGUGAAAGGAAGAGCCGCCUCGGACAGAAAAACAGAUUAUUAAACCCGUAUUAAUAAAUCCAUCGAGUGCAAGGUCGAUAUUAAGAUCUUACAUAAGUCUUUAUUAAUAAACUUAAGUGCACAAUAAUUAUUCAUUAAUGUCGGAGUUUUCGAUAUUUCGGCUUAUUAAUAAAUGUCGUUUAAUACUUUAGCUACGAUUUUACGGUUAAGUCCUAAUUGAUGACGUAAAGAUACCUAUUAUCAUCCGAGACGCAUCUCGACGAAUAUUAAUUCAGGAGAUUUGAGAUGCAUUUCGAAGCUGAAGGACAUCUCAUACCAGAGUUGGUUGUUUAUUAAUACGGGCGUGAGUAACUUUAGUGACGGAUUCCGCUGCAUCAGUUCUGUAAUUCGAAAUGCACUAAAUACAUUAUCAGUUAUUGUCGUUGACAAUAAACAUUGAAAAUAAUGUAAAUAUGUAUAUAUAUGAUUGUCUACUCGACAAUGAAAAACUUUCAGAACUUGUUUUAAUAUCGUAACAAUUCCAUUGAAGAUUUCGAUUUACGCUAGAAAAAUUAAUACAUUGAGUUACUUAUCACAAUGUAAUAUUAGUUCUGCACAAUGUAGGAGUGGAUUUUACAUUGGAACUUUACGUAAUGAUUAUUUAUGUCUUAAGUACCUACUUGUUUAAGCCGGGUUUUCACUAUACGAGUACGCUCGGAUCGAGUCCACUCAGAUGACUAUUCGGACGGCACUCGUAUCGUGUAAACUCGUGAUCCAAGCGCACUCGAACGUCGGAUCUGAUCAGAGUGGACUGGGAUCAUUUUAUAAAAACAAAAUGGCGCCAAUAAUUUUAAGAAAAAGUGGAAUGAACGAUGUUAUUGCUUACGUUUAUUAAAAAAAAUCCUUUUAAAAAUAAGAUUAAAAUCAAAGCAACUUUAUAGUUUCUUUGUUCUAAAUAUUUCAAUCGCUUGUGGUU